AAUCGAUCGUUAGGCCAAAAGACAAUUCAAGAAGAUGAAGCUCUCUAAUUCCAUACUUGCAAUUUUUUCCUCGUUGCUUCUGUUUUCUUUGUUAAUAUCACCUGCCAUUGCUGCCAAAAAGUGGGAUCGCAUUCACACGGCUUAGAAGUUUCAGAAGCUGAUCUCCAAAGGGUGGUCGAUUCCCAUCACAAAUUGCUUGGAUCCUUCUUGGGCAGUUCUGAGAAGGCAAAAGAUGCCAUAUUUUACUCCUACAAGAAGAAUAUAAAUGGGUUUGCAGCAAUUCUGGAGGAGGAAGAGGCAGCUGAGCUUGCAAAGCACCCAGAAGUUGCAGCAGUUUUGGCAAACAAAGGAAAGAAAUUACACACAACGCACUCAUGGAAUUUCAUGCGUUUGGAGAAGAUGAAUGGCGUAGUUCCCCCUACUUCUCCUUGGUGGAGGGCUAACUUUGGACAAGACACCAUUAUCGCCAAUCUCGACACUGGUGUAUGGCCCGAGUCGAAGAGCUUCGGAGAAAAUGGCAUAGUUGGAUCGGUCCCGACAAAGUGGAAAGGAGGUUGCACCGAUGACUCCCCCGAUCGAGUGCCUUGCAAUAGGAAACUAAUCGGAGCGAAAUACUUCAACAAGGGAUUCAUCGCGUACUUGAAAGCCCUAAAUUCUUCGGCGGAUCUCUCAUCCAUAAAGAACUCCACGCGCGACUACGAAGGCCACGGAUCCCACACGCUGUCGACGGCCGGCGGCAGCUUCGUCCCCGACGCCAGCGUGUUCGGAUCUGGCCUCGGAACCGCCAAAGGAGGCUCCCCCAAGGCCCGCGUGGCCGCCUACAAGAUCUGCUGGCCGUUCCAAGACGGUGGCUGCUUCGACGCUGACAUCACCGAGGGCUUCGACCACGCCAUCCACGACGGCGUUGAGGUCAUUUCGCUCUCCGUCGGCGGCUCUCCGGCCAAUUACUUUGACGAUAGCAUCGCCAUCGCCGCCUUUCACGCCGUGAAAAAAGGAAUCCCCGUCGUCUGCUCCGCCGGCAACUCCGGCCCCGACGCGUUCACGGCAUCGAAUACUGCGCCUUGGAUUUUGACCGUUGGAGCCAGUACUUUGGACCGCCAGUUUCAGGCUCCCGUUGAGCUCAAGAACGGCCAGCGAUUUCAGGGUUCCAGCCUUUCCACAGCAUUACCGGAAGACAAGCUAUACCCACUGAUAACCGGAGCUCAGGCGAAGGCCGAGAAUGCAUCGGCGGCCGACGCGAUGCUCUGCAAGCCCGAAACGCUGGACCAUUCGAAGGCGAAAGGGAAGAUCUUGGCAUGCUUGAGAGGAGACAACGCAAGAGUUGACAAAGGAGAACAAGCCGCCCUCGCUGGCGCCGCCGGCAUGAUUCUCUGCAACGACGAGCUCAGCGGCUUCGAAACCAUCGCCGAUCCCCACCUUCUUCCGGCUUCCCAUGUCAAUUACAACGAUGGCCAAGCUGUUCUCAAAUAUAUUCAGUCCACCCAGAACCCUAUGGGGUAUCUGAUCCCGCCGGCGGCGAAACUUAACACCAAGCCUGCUCCGGUUAUGGCGGCCUUCUCCUCUAGAGGACCCAAUAUUGUCACUCCUGAGAUCAUCAAGCCUGAUGUGACGGCGCCUGGUGUGAACGUUAUUGCUGCUUACACGGAAGCCGUGAGCCCCACCGGCGAGCCCUUCGACAACAGAACGGCUCCAUUCAUCACCAUGUCCGGCACCUCCAUGUCCUGCCCCCACGUCGCCGGACUCGCCGGCCUCCUCCGAUCUCUGCAUCCUAAUUGGAGCCCUUCCGCCAUUAAAUCCGCAAUCAUGACCUCUGCCAGAAUCAGAGACAACACAAUGAAGCCGAUGCUCGACGGCGGCACAGACGAACUCGCUCCGGCCACUCCUUUCAGCUACGGCUCCGGCCACAUUCGCCCAAUCGGAGCCGUCGAUCCAGGCCUGGUUUACGAUCUGACGCCCGACGAUUACUUGGAAUUUCUGUGCGCCAUCGGAUACGAUGAGAAGAAGAUCAGAGCAUUCUCCGACGGUCCGUACAAAUGUCCGCCUUCCGCCAGUCUUCUGAACUUCAAUUACCCUUCGAUCGGAGUUCAGAACAUGACCGGAAGCGUUACGGUGACCAGAAGAUUGAAGAACGUGGGCACUCCCGGAGUUUACAGAGCCAGAGUUCGGCAGCCGGAAGGAGUUAGGGUUUCGGUGGAGCCGAGAUUUCUGAAAUUCGAUAAAGUUGGAGAGGAGAAGAGCUUCAAAUUGACGAUCGCCGGAGUUGUGCCGGCCAAACGCGUGGUCGACGGGACGCUGAUUUGGACCGACGGCGAGCACUUCGUUAGGAGUCCUAUCGUCAUUUCUUCCGGCUUGUUCUGAUUCUGAAGCAUUUUUAGGAUUUUUUAUUUUUUAUAUUGAAGUUUUAGUUUUUUUUUUUCUUUCCUUUUUUGGGUUUGAGAGA